UGUUUUAAUACUACAAAUAUUCGAAGGCCUCUAUGCCUUUAUCAAAUGGAUACAUCCACCAAACUCCACGGACAUAUCCCAGCUUAGUGCUUGCUAUCGUGUUACUUUUUUUUUUUAAUUGUCCAUGUCAAUGUGCAGAUCCACGCCAGCAGAUAGAGGCUCCAGAUGACCCUUAUGGCGCUGUCCAAGAUCUCAAUAUGGAUGUCAUCGGUGCUGAUGAAUCUGUAGAAGAAUUUGUAUAUGGAAAUCUAAAGGAUUGGAUCUCACAAGAACUUCGGAAAAUGUGCAGUUCUGAUGGAAACAGGUCCACUGAUGACAGAGAGGAUGACGUAUUCAAUAUGGAGGCAGAUUCCAGCAAUGUGCUGUAGUAGGAGUAGCCUAUUGUCCAGCUGAGAUUCAGGAGGACUCUGAGGAUAUUAGGAGAAGGGAAGGAAGGACAUGAGGAAAAACGCUGUGCUUCGUUGGGGCUUUUGGGGGACCUGCUGAGGGGAUAGGACACUCCGACGGA